UUUUAUUGCGUUUUAACUCACUUGCUUUGAUUUUUGAUUUUAUAAAUGAAUUAAUUCUAGGGAAGAUGUGUUUAAUUUUUAUGUCAAUUGUCUGGAUGAAGUUUUUUUGUUUGUUAAUUAUUUGGUGGGUUUUAAUUCUUGGAGUGAAGACAUCUCAUUUGUUAAUAGUUGAAAAUGCUUAAAUUAUACCAUCAAAGGAUGUGGUGCAGUGGAUGGGGCUUGGGGCUGCUCCUCCCUUAAUCAGAGUUCUGUAUGAAAAAAUCCUUUGUAAGAGUGAUUCCCUGGCUGGGCCCUACGCGGCGCGAAUCUGGAUUUUGUCGGGCUCCAAUGUGGGUACCGAACACCGGGUAGAAACCAAAAAAAGAAGAAGAAAAGGCUUGAAUUAUUGAUUCCGAGUGGUGUGGCGGUGUUGAGGCGUCUAAAUUACCAUGAAUUCAGGGGAAAAAAAAGCUUCUUAAAGGUUGUCUUAAAUGGUGAUAGAUUGAAGUCUGAUAAGUUUCACCCUAAUUUUGGACGUUGUACGAAGAACUAAACUUACUAGAACUAGAGAAACAUGCAAUCAAAGUCCAAAAGUGCAAAUUGUGGGGAAGCCAGAACUUGUAAUGUUCCGAAUUCCAUUGUAUAUUCUGAAGCUUGGUGGAAUACUGCUGGCUAUAAUCCUGUUUCUCUUGGAUUGAUGCGGGGAAGUGCAUUAGAUUCGCCAUCACCGGCACAAUCUGUGGAUGGCCGGUCACAUUCUGAUGGUGGAGCCAAUGAUGAAGAUGAUGAUGCUCAUGAAAAAUUACAAAGUACCAUACCUAUGCAUUCGGAUGGGAGUUAUGCACAAGUAGAUCAGAAUUCACAGCCAAUUGCAACAAGCAUACCUCCAAAGGGUGAUGGGAGCCUGACACAGCCCCCACAGCUUGAACUUGUUGCACACUCAGUGGCAUGUGCUCCAAAUCUGUAUGCCGACCCAUACUACGUGGGAAUGAUGACACCUUUUGGUCAGCCUAUGGUCCCCCCUCAUGUACUUGAUAUGCAUCAUCCGAGGAUGCCUUUGCCCCAUGAAAUGGCUCAAGAGCCUGUUUAUGUCAAUGCCAAGCAGUAUCAUGGUAUUCUGCGCCGAAGAGAGUCACGUGCAAAAGCAGAACUUGAAAAGAAGCUGAUAAAAGUGAGAAAGCCAUAUCUUCACGAGUCGAGACAUCAGCAUGCCUUGAGAAGGGCAAGAGCUUCUGGAGGGCGUUUUGCGAAAAAGUCAGAUGCUGGUACUUCGAAGGGACCCAGUUCUGGUUCUGCUGUUUCUUCACAGUCUGUGCAUUCAUCAGGUUCUGAACCUUUGCCGUCCAGUGCCGCUGAUGUUCCAGAGUGGCAUAACCGUUAUUCAAAUGGUGGUUAUGGAAAACAAAGCAGCUUUCAGGAAUCGAAAUAUCAGUCCCAGUCUGCCCAGGUAGGGGAAGGAGGUUCGCGAUGGUAAAAAUAUCACAUCCAAACCAGAUCUUUGCUGUGUAGUGAGGCUUUAGUCCCAUGGCAGAGCAAAAGAAUCUUAUCUGACCAUAUCAGCAGUUAUAUGUUUCACUCUUGGCUGGUUCAAGCCUGGUGGCAAUUCAUCCUUGGCUUUUUAUUUGAAUGUUUUAGGAAGGAGAGGUAAUGUGCAUAGUAGAUUCAGUUCUUCCCUUAUGUACAAAAAAAGGACUAGGACUAGAGUUGAAAAGGAAGAAUUCAGUAAGCAUAUGGCUAGCUGGUUAGUGUAAUUUAGAGGGGUGUAAGCUGUAUAGUUAUAGGUAUGCUGUAGACUUGUCCCAUUUCCUCUCGGGGGAUGGAAAGUUGUAGGUAGGUUGUAUACUUUUUAAACCUUUCCUUUCUGCUGCUGUAUUUUAGGAUCCUGAUUUCGUGGGAAUUUCGAGUUUGUUAUUUAAUUCGAUGAUAGUGGUAUCAUCUUUAUGGGCUUAAUGUGAUAACAAUAGAAUUUGGAGUUUAUUCCAAGUACAGCACAUUGUGAUGAAGUUCGUGCAAGUUCGUCUAAACAUCACAGUUUAAUGUAAAGUUCGUGUGCAAAUUGUCGGUGAUGUUGAACUUUUAUCGGAUCCGUUAGGAUGUUCUUUAUAUGGUCUUGCUGAAAUGCUACCAUCUGCUAGUAGUAUGUAUUUUGUUACUUUGUUAAUUUGAAUAUCCAACUUCCCCUGGUGGCUGUUUGUAGGACUGUGCACAAAUCGGUUCAAUCCGAAUUUCCGAACCGAUUCGAAACAAUUCGGAUAAUACAAUUUGAUUUCGAUUUACAAAUGCAAUUGUAAAAUAUUACGGUGUAACGGUUCGGAUACGGUUGACUUCAAUUAUCAACCGAACCGAUCCGAACAAACCGAAUUUAUAUGCCACUAGUGACUAAUAUGACUAAUUUGGUAUAUGUAAUGUGGUGUUGGCGGA